AUGGAAGAGUCUCUUGUGCCGUUCGGUUUUCGUUUCAGACCCUCCGAUGAAGAGAUUGUGGGUUCCUUUCUCUAUCCGUUUUUGGUAGAGAGCAAGCCCUUCAUGUCGCUGUACAACAAUUUCUUCCAUGCCUGCAAUCUCUUCGGCAACAACACAGAGCCUUCGGAGAUUUGGAAAAAGUACGGAGGGCCGCAACUCGUUGAUACAGACUUGUACUUCAUCUCCAAGCUCAAGAAGUUAACCCCCAAGCGGAUGGAUCGAAGGAUUGGCAACGGGGGUACUUGGAGCGAAACUGAAUCCUCCAAAUUGGUUCAUGAAAAGGUCUCUGGAAAUCCCAACCCGAACCCCAUUGGCCGAAAGAGAAAGUUUCGCUAUGAGAAUAAAGGUUCCGAGGAUCACACAGGGUGGCUACUAGAUGAAUAUAGUCUUUUCGAUGGUCCCAAGAAUGACUACAAUCAACGUAGUUACGAUUUUGAUUUUGUCAUUUGUCGGAUGAGGAAGAACGAUAGGGUCGGGAUCAAGGCGACAAAUCUAAAGCGUGGAUCACAAGAUAAAGAAGAAAAGAAGAUGACCACAAACAAAAGAUGA